UCAGUUCGCUUCACUAACGUGCGCGGCUGGAAGAGUAAAAAUCAUUUUUCAAGAGCCGUCAGACGUGAAGAUGAAGAGCGGCGGCGUUGUUGUUCUUUGGCUGGGUCUCGUCUCCGUGGGCUGCGCCGCUCCGCCGAUGAGCUGUGAGACGCUGCUGACGCCGAUAAGCAUCAGCCACGAACAAAUGUUGGGGCGCUGGCUGUACAUCGGGGGGAGCUCGGACCUCCCGGGAAGUCGAUCCCUGGGCCGUCUGCUCAACAGCAUCUGGCUGGACAUCAGCGCCACCACCGUCAGCAACGUGCUCGCCAUCUUCCAGACGCAGAGGAUCUAUGGCGAGUGUUCCGGCAUAAAGUACAACGUGACGAUGGAGAACAGCACGAUGUUGAUUGAGCGUCCUUUCUACCUGAAGGAAGUGUACCUGCAGACAGACUGCUCAGACUGUCUGGUGGUCUACGAGGAAGUCAAAUCCAGCCGAGACUCUUUUAGGAGUCUUCUGCUUUUCAGCAGGCACCAGAGCGUCUCACCUGCUGACGUGGAGAUGCUCAAGAUGCAAGCAAAGUGUCUCCAGAUGCCCUCCCCACUCAUGAUGGACCCAAGCUAUGAAGUGUGCCCGGACAACAUCGCGAGCACGGACGGAAUCGCCGCCUUCAACUCCUUGUUAGAGGCCAAGAUGGGACAGCGGGUUGCGACGCUCCUGGACAAACUAUUUGACUUGUUUAUCAACUGAUUGAACUUGUGUGGAGAAACGCUGUUACUAUUUUCUUCUACGCAUGCAACUGCUAACAUAAGCCUACAAAUCAAACCUAUUGCAAGUGUGUUCCGAUGAUUUGCUGUUAAA